UCAAACGAUCACUCUCUCUGUGAAGGCAAAGAGAGAGAUGGUUUGUUUAUUCUAUGGUUUCAAGUGGAUGUGAUACAAAUAGAUGCUGGACAUGCUCCCAUGCUCUUGGACAACAUGAACAGCACCCUUUCUGUCAACACCCAGUUCAAGCUCUGAAAUAACCAAGAGGUAUCAGUUUCGGUGGUGAUUACCUUAUGUAGACCCCUGCUAAUGGCCAGCAGGACUGUUUAUCUGGGGCUCAAAUGAUACGUGCAUAAACUAAAGCAAGGUCAGAGCUUGGAUUAAACGCUGUUCUCGGGGGGUGAGGGAUGGCUGAAGCUGUCAAAGCAGAUGCUCUUUUGGCCACAGACUUCGUUCACGUGGACAGUUGGGUUUUGGAGAUCAGCCCUGGGUUUUGUGGGGCUGGAUAUUAUAUUUAUGGGAAAGCCAGGUUUGUGUGUACGCAUGAGAUGGGUUGGGAGUGUUGGUAAGCGGUUUUCCGUUGGAUCCAGGGUCGCUUUUUGUUGACAGGCGGUGGUGACAUAUUCAAAGGAUUAGUAGCUCUGUGGACGUGAGGCUUUCUACCUCUUAAAAUAGAGAGAGGGAGAGAGAUACUCAAGAAAACAAAACGGCAGUUAGACGACAGCAGUUUCUCAGAGUGCCACUGGACAUGGCUCACACCACACACAUGCACACCCAAACAUAUACCAAGUAACUCAUUUUGAAGCGCACCCGCUAAGAACAGCCGAAGCCGAGAUGGCGCUGACGGGGGUUGAAGAUAUGCCGCGGCAGUUUCCGAAGAUCGCCCUGAGUGAUGUGGAUGAGGAAGUUCGUCUACUGGCAGAGAAGGUGUAUGCCUCGGCAAUAAAGGAAGAGGACACUAAAGAUGUCCUUUCCAUGUACACUGUCCCUGAGGACUGUCCCAUUGGCCUGCAGGAAGCCAGACAGAGGGAGCUACUCAGAGAACUGGCUGAGCAACAGUCAGAAGAAAGCUCCAAACGGAAGAAGAGUUUUAAGAUUAUUCGAUCUCAAUCUAUGUCACUGCAAGUCCCAUUAAGUACGGAGAGUGUCCGGGGUGUGGCGACCCCCCUAAUUUCCCCUUCCUCGACCUGCUCCUCAAUCUCACAAAAUUUGCCGGAGUACCAAAGAGUCAUCAUUAGCGGGGACUACUGUGCUGGGAUUACAGUUGAGGAUUAUGAGCAAGCAGCUAAAAGUCUGCUAAAAGCUCUCUUUAUUCGAGAGAAAUACUCAAAACUGGCAUAUCACCGGUUCCCACGGACCACUACACAGUUCCUACGUAUUGCAGCAAAUGAAAGGUGGACAGAAGAUGAUGAAACUCUUCCAGAUAUCUGUCCCUGCCCUGGUGAGGGAGAGGACCCUUACAGCUUGGAGAAUAUUCCAGAGAACCUCAAUUAUCAGAUGAAGAUGAAGGAUGGCAUUAUUUAUGUAUAUGAAAACAAUGAAGCCAUGAGCAUGAACAAACCACGCUGUUUGCCUUAUCCAGACCUGGAAACAUUUGCCAUUGACAUGAGUCAUGUGCUCGCCAUGAUCAUUGAUGGGCCUACGAAGACAUACUGCCAUAGACGACUAAACUUCCUUGGGUCAAAGUUUUACCUACAUGAAAUGCUCAACGAAAUGGCGGAGCUAAAAGAACUCAAGGGUGUUCCUCAUAGGGAUUUCUACAAUGUCAGAAAGGUAGACACACAUAUUCAUGCAGCGGCAUGUAUGAGCCAGAAACACCUGCUUGAUUUCAUCCAAACCACCAAUAAAACUGAUGCAGAGAGAGUCGUCCUGGAGAAGGCAGGGCUUAAACUAACUCUCAAACAGGUGUUUAACAACCUGAACAUGGACCCGUAUGAUCUUACUGUAGACUCCUUAGAUGUCCAUGCCGGCAGACAAACCUUUCACCGCUUUGACAAAUUCAACUCCAAGUACAAUCCAGUAGGAGCAAGUGAGCUAAGGGAAAUCUACUUGAAGACUGACAAUUACAUCGAAGGAGAGUAUUUUGCCCGCUUAAUCAAGGAAGUGGCACAUGAUCUGGAGGAGAGCAAGUACCAGCAUGCCGAACCACGACUGUCCAUCUAUGGUCGUUCCCCAGAGGAAUGGGAAAGUCUCUCCCAUUGGUUUAUUCAGCACAAAGUGUACUCUCCAAACAUGCGCUGGAUCAUUCAGGUGCCCAGAAUAUAUGACAUUUUCAAGUCACGCAAGUUGAUUCCUAAUUUUGCCAAGAUGCUUGAGAACAUUUUCCUUCCUCUAUUUGAGGCUACAGUGAAUCCUCAGAAGCACAAAGAGCUCCACGUAUUUCUAAAAUAUGUGACUGGCUUUGACAGUGUGGAUGAUGAAUCCAAGCAUAGCGAUCACAUGUUCUCUUAUAAGAGCCCCAAACCUGAGCAAUGGACAACAGAUGACAACCCACCCUAUAGCUACUACCUCUUCCACAUGUAUGCCAACAUCAUGGUCCUCAACAACCUCAGGAAGGAACGUGGUCUUAGUACCUUUCAGUUCCGUCCACACUGUGGAGAAGCUGGUUCUAUCACCCACCUGGUUUCAGCUUUCCUCACCGCGGACAACAUCUCUCAUGGCUUAAACCUGAAAAAGAGUCCUGUGCUGCAGUACCUGUAUUAUCUUGCCCAAGUGCCCAUUGCCAUGUCCCCUCUGAGUAACAACAGUCUGUUCCUGGAAUACUCCAAGAACCCACUGCGAGAGUUCCUACACAAAGGCCUGUGUGUGUCCCUCUCCACUGAUGACCCCUUGCAGUUCCACUACACCAAGGAGGCUUUAAUGGAGGAGUAUGCUAUUGCAGCCCAACUGUGGAAGUUGAGCACAUGUGACGUGUGUGAGAUCGCUAGGAACAGUGUCGUGCAGAGUGGCCUUUCCCAUGAGGAGAAAAAGUACUUCCUUGGGGUCAAUUACCUAAAGGACGGGCCAGAGGGGAAUGACAUCCGGCGGACAAAUGUAGCCCAGAUCCGCAUGGCCUACAGACACGAGACGAUGUGUAAUGAACUCAGCUUCCUGGUAGACGCAGUAAAGUCAGAGGUCGUUGGGUCACAGUAGCUGUCCAAUGCUAAGCCCUCUGUGCCCACAUACUGUACAUGCAUGGUUGCUAUUUUUAUAUACUGUAGGAAUGGAUGCACAGGAAUCCAAAUUGUAAUGUUUAUUAUUUAGUCUUGCUCUGCUUCUCAUAUUUCUAAUACCCAGCCUUCUUGUAAACACCGCUGUCUGCCUAUGCAAUGGCUCGAAUGGGCGUUUCAAAGGGGGUUUGGCAUACUUGACAUUACAUUACAUGGGCAGUGUCUCCCCCCUGUGGAGAUUUGUGAACUAUAUCCUCUAUACAUGUACAUGUGCAAUUGGAAAUAGCAGACACUGAGAUGCUUCUGUGGCAAUCAAAAUUGUCUGGAAUAUCCCACCCCUGCUCUGCUGAACCAAACAUUAUCCUACACAAACUCACGCACAUCUUUCCCAUCUCGUGCCUAACUCCAAUCCAUUUCCCAUAAAUUCUCCACUGUCCUUACAGUAAUAAAAAAUGUAAUUAAAGGUACACUAUGAAGCUUUUUUUUUUGUUAAAAAUUAAGUUACUAGCCACUCUACAAUUUUGACAUCGAUACCAUGGGGGGAAAACUGCCAUAUAGAUAUUUGUAAUAUUAUAGGAAUAUUAGGCUGCUGUCACUUUAAGACCUGACACACUGAUCCAUUAUACUUUUGCACAUGCUUUUUCUUUCUCAACUGUUUACGUUCACUUAAAACAUAACUGACUAUGUUUAUAUGAAUACUCACCAAGUUGACAUUAUUUGGUGUAUUUGACUGUUUAAGCGCAAUAAACUUCGAAAAAUAACUUGA